UGCCCUUGAUCAUUUUUGUACAGUUCCACUGUAGCGCAUAAAGGUAUACAGUUGGUGUGAGUUGAAUGUUAUAUUUUAAUAACUACAAGUGUACACCUGAACUAUUUAUGUAUGCAGUUGUACGGAUUGUAUACAUGUUGCAUCUAAGGUGAAGAAGGGGUGGAGUACUCUAAACUGGACACGGUAUAGAUUACUAACCCUGCAUAUACUGUGAGGUCUAAAAGAGAGGUGAAUACAUUGUAUUGUACUACUUGAGACAUUUGGUUGUUCACCAGCAAAGAGAAUUUUCAUUAGCUCAGGGAUAGGUAACCUGGGGCCUUCCAGUUGUUGCAGAACUAAACAUCUGUUGUUGCUGACCAUGGCUAGGUUGACUAGGGCUGAUGAGACUUGGUCCAACAACACCUCAAAGGCUACAUACUCCCAUUCCUAAAUUAGAUGGACUUUUGAUCUGACCCAGAAGGGCAAAUCUUACAUUUUUAAAUUGCAACUGGAACUGCCACAUAAAAACAGUAAGAUCAUACAGCUGGGGUGGGGGGAAUUGCUGACAAAAGCAAGUGGUACAUUAGUUUUCAUCUGCUAUUGUUUGGUCCCGCCUACCUUCUACAGAACAUCUGCCUACUAUGUGAUGAUGUGCUUGCAUCACAUGUCACUGGGUGGGAUUUGCAAGUUAAAGUGAAGGGUCACUAUCAUAGCCACCAAUGAUAGUCCAACUAAACUGAGUCAAAGCUGACUGGAGAGCGCUCUAGCUGAGCCUCUAUGGAACAUUCAUUGUUUGUAUUGGACUCUCAGAACAAAUGUGAGCAGCUUACAAUACAUUACAGAGGAGUUAAGGUGGAAACCCAUCAGUUGACUUCUCUGGUUUGGGGAGCCCACCUUGAAAGUGGUAUUUGAGGCAUAUGUUGUUCAAAUGUGGAUGUUAAUAUCUUCUAACCAGUGUUCGAAAUUUGCCAGGUGCCUUUUGUACCUGACUAUCAGCCGUUCGCAACCAAGUGAAGGUGCCAGGAUGCCACCUGACAUCUUCACCAUUUGGAAAUGCAUGUCUGGGAAUCAUUGAAUCAGUUAUAUUUUAUCUGCACAAUCAGAAUUAAUUUCAGGAACCAAAAUGCUUUUUCUGUGCAGCCUGAGCAAGAGCAGUGAUCAAUGUUGUAGUUACUGUUAAAGCUUGUCUUCACUUACCCCACCACCCUGCUCACGGUUGUGAAAAAUAUCCUUAUGUUAUGAAUGUCACCACUGAGAAAAAGAGGUGGCUGACUUCACAUCUGUAACAAUGUCCAGCAUAAUAAAAGAAAGACUUGAACUUCAAAUGGCAGAAUUAGAAAUGCUUUUUUCUAUGUUUCCUGAUAAAGGAGAAAUAACUCUUCAGGAUGAAAAUAAUUUCCAUAAUGCUCAGAAAUAUCUGAACAAUACAAGUGAAAAUCUACCACAUAUAAUUGAAUAUUCAGUUGCCAUUACCACUGAUGAACCAAAGGCAAGAGUAAAUUUGCAGGUAGCCCUACCUCAUGACUACCCCCAGGUGCCACCACACCUUUUUGCAAGAUCAAGUGCUGUAGACAGGCAGCAACAAUUGCAGCUCAACAAGGAUCUCGCUUCUUACAUUGCUUCUUUGGAGCCAGGAGAACUUUGUGUAUGUGCUGCUGUGCAAUGGUUGCGAGACAACAGCAUAAGCUACUUACAAAACAGCAAACUCCACUGCAAAAAUGUGCCAAGGGAGAGCGUACUUAAAACGUUAUUCAGCCGGAUGUGGAUUUACAGCCACCACAUCUAUAGACAAGAACUAAGGAAAAAGAUUUUUGAUUUUGCAAAGAAAUUAAAUCUGACUGGUUUCUGCCUAACUGGCAAGCCUGGAAUCAUUUGUGUGGAAGGUGUCAAAGAAAACUGUGAAGAAUUUUGGCACGUUAUUAGAUAUCCCAACUGGAAACACAUUUCCUGCAAACAUGUCGAGAAUAGAGAGACUGACGGAAAUGGGGAUAACCUACGUCUCUUUCAGACUUUUGAAGAUUUACAGUUUCAAGCCCAUGGUGACUACGGCCUGAGGAAUGACUAUCACAUGGACCUUGGACAGUUCCUAGAAUUCCUUAAGGGUCAUCAAAGUGAACAUGUAUUUCAGAUCUUGUUUGGCAUUGAAGGCAAAUGUUCUGACAACUAACAAUAAGCUAUGUUUUUAAUUUUCUUGUCUCUGUUAACAGAAAUGAAAUCCAUCUAUGAAUCUGCCGCAAGAAAAUAAAAGUAUGGAUGAGUGAA